GGGGAGGAGGGAGGUUUUGGAAGGAUAUGUGAAAAGAAUACCGAGGGGGAAGGAAGGAGGACCGAGAAGUGAAACACGAGGGGGAGAUCGGUGCAUGAUAUAUGGCCAGGAGUGACUACAGCUUUUUAAGAUGUGUGAGGAACAUACAUGGCGAGACCACAUAUCGGAAUUAUCUGUUGGGCCAAAGCUAUUCUCAAGUGAAAUAAAAAUGGCAUCAGAGGGAAAUAAGCUUUGGGGUGGAAGAUUUGUUGGCAGCAUAGAUCCUAUCAUGGAGAUGUUCAACUGCUCUGUGAACUAUGAUCAGCGGAUGUGGUCAGCUGACAUAAGGGGAAGCCAAGCAUACGUCAAGGCUCUGGAAAAGGCAGGACUUGUGAGCAAGUCUGAGAUGGAACAAAUUAUCAGUGGCCUGGAUAAGAUCCACGAUGAAUGGUCUUCAGGAACAUUUGUACUGACUAAAGGAGAUGAGGAUAUACACACUGCCAAUGAACGGCGUCUCAAGGAACUGAUUGGUGAGGUUGCUGGAAAGCUCCACACUGGAAGAAGUAGGAAUGAUCAGGUUGUUACAGACAUGAGACUGUGGUUAAGAGACUCUUGCUCAACACUCUAUACCCAUUUAACUCGUCUAAUCCAGACCAUGGUAGAAAGAGCAGCUAUAGAAGUCAAUAUACUGUUUCCAGGAUAUACCCAUAUGCAAAGGGCUCAACCUAUUCGUUGGAGUCACUGGAUCCUAAGUCAUGCAGUAGCAUUAUCCAGGGAUGCUGAAAGACUGGGAGAAGUGAAGAAGAGGGUCAAUGUUUUGCCUCUGGGCAGUGGUGCAAUAGCUGGUAAUCCGUUAGGAGUGGACAGAGAACUUCUUUGCAAAGAGCUACACUUUGACUCCCUCAGCCUCAAUAGUAUGGAUGCAACCAGCGAGAGAGACUUCAUAGCUGAGUUUUUGUUCUGGGCCUCUCUGUGCAUGACUCACCUUAGUAAAAUGUCAGAAGAUCUUAUUAUCUACAGCACAAAGGAAUUUGGCUUUGUAACUCUGUCUGACUCCUACAGCACUGGAAGCAGCUUAAUGCCUCAGAAGAAGAAUCCUGACAGUUUAGAAUUGAUUCGUGGUAAAACUGGACGUGUUUUUGGACGAUGUUCUGGGUUCCUGACAACACUAAAAGGACUUCCAAGCACAUACAAUAAGGAUUUGCAAGAGGAUAAAGAGGCCAUGUUUGAUGUGUAUGACACAGUAUGUGCGGUUCUUCAGGUGGCAUCUGGUGUAAUUGCCACAUUACAGAUAAACAAAGAAGCAAUGGAGAAGGCUUUAAGCCCGGAUAUGCUUUCCACUGACAUUGCCUAUUAUUUGGUCAGGAAAGGGAUGCCCUUCAGACAAGCUCAUGGAGUCUCUGGGAAAGUGGUACAACUUGCAGAAACAAAAGGAAUGUCUGUUGAUAAACUAACAUUGGAGAACCUGAAGAGCAUCAGCCCUCUGUUCAGUGAUGAUGUGUCAAAAGUGUGGAACUAUACCAACAGUGUGGAGCAGUAUACUGCAGCAGGAGGAACCGCUAAAAGCAGCGUGCUUGUGCAAAUUGAACAGCUGAGAACUUGGAUGAAGACCCACAGAGUAUAAUGAAAUUUAUAAAAGACCUUAAAGCAAAGCCAGCUGAAUAAAAAACAGUUUAAUAUUUUUGUCUACAGAGAAUAAAUUAGUUGCAAAUCUGGA